AUGGCUUCCAGAAGCUUAGGGGAAGAUGAAAUUACGCAGUACCUCUUUGAUUAUGAGGCUAGUGAGGAUGGAUUUGAUGGUGACGAUGACAGCGUUGCGGACCCAUCUUUUAUUCCCGAUCUGGAGUCCCCCUUUGAAGAGGGACCUUUUGAAACGGUUGAAGGAUCGAGUAUCGACGGAAUUAUUGAGAACCUUGAGCACGAUGUAAGUACUUCUCAACACCUAGACACCACGGAACCUUCUCUUAAGCCAGGACCGUCGGUACGUCGUCAAAGCAAGCCUAAACUGAAUGUACGCUGGAAAAAGAAGAACCUGGAACUAAAUGACCACCAGAUCCAUUUUACGGGCGAUGAAACCUUGCCACCAGAGUUUUUAGACCUCAAUAGUCCUAUCCAGUUCUUUUUUAAACUUUUUCCCAAAGAAUUGAUUGAAGAAAUUGCCAAUCAAACUAAUCUGUAUAUUGUUCAGAAAGAUCCGAGUAUGGCUUUUCGUGUUACUGAAACUGAUAUACAACAAUUUAUCGGACUUGUAUAUAUUAUGUCGUUAGUACAUCUUCCAAGGGUAACAAAGCAUUGGAGUGGUAAUUUAGGAACACCCCUGGUACAAAAUACAAUGCCAGUUAAUAAAUUUGAAAAAAUCAGGCGUUUCAUACAUUUCAAUGAUAAUUCAAAAAAUGUUCCUCGCGAUCAUCCUAACCACGAUCGAAUUUUUAAGAUUAGACCGGUCGUAAAAAAAUUAAAUGAUAUCUGCCAAAAUGUGCCAUAUGAAAAGUAUCUUUGUAUUGAUGAGCAAAUUUGCUCUACCAAAGCAAGACACAAUUUGAAAAGAUAUAAUCCUAAAAAGCCGAAUAAAUGGGGUUACAAAAUCUAUGUCCUAAGUGGUGUAAGUGGAUUUGCAUACAAAUUUGAGCCGGAAACAGGAGCAGAAAAUAAAGUUGAGUUUACUGAGCCUGAUUUGGGUGCUGCAUCAAAUGUUGUUGUCAGACUUUCACGUGAAAUACCUCGAAAUAAAAAUUACCGCUUAUAUUUCGACAAUUAUUUUACGUCUUUGUCACUCUUGGAAUACCUGUCUAAACAAGGCAUACUAAGUCUUGGUACCAUCCGACGUAACCGAAUACCAGACUGCAAACUGCCAACGGAUAAAGAGAUCUCAAAAAAAGAACGUGGCUACUCGGUGGAGUACGUUGGUAGCGUCGAAGGAACGGAGAUAUCCACAGUCGCCUGGAAAGACAAUAAAGUUGUUACACUUGCAUCAAGUUUUGUGGGUGAGCUACCCAAGUCACAAGUCACAAGGUACGACAAGGUGAAUAAAAGAUAUAUGACCAUUGACUGCCCAAAGAUAGUUGGGGAAUAUAAUCGCCAUAUGGGCGGCGUCGAUUUGAUCGACAGCAUAAUGGGUCGAUAUAAAAUAAAACUACGAAGCAAAAGAUGGCAGGUCCGGAUGUUUUACCAUUUUUUAGAUCUUGUCAUGUCCAAUGCUUGGCUGUUAUAUAAAAGAGUACACAAAAUAAAGAACCCACAAGACAAUCUGUUAUCGUCAGCAGAUUUUCGCGAAGAGAUCGCUACGGUGCUCUGCAAAAUUGGGACAAAAGCAGUUGCAACAAGGAGAAAUAUUGAACCUGAAAUCCAGGCAAAAAAACGUAAGGGUCCAGCCCAAUAUGUCCCUCCAACAGCUGUGCGACAGGACCAAAUUGGGCACUGGCCUGUAUGGGCCGAAAAAAGGAUUCGCUGCAAGUAUCCGAACUGUGUUGGCGUAUCACAAACCAUUUGUGAAAAGUGUGGCGUAGCAUUGUGCUACAAUAAGCAGAAUAACUGCUUUAAAGCAUUUCAUACGUCCUAG